AUGCUACGACGACCGCCCAACGAAGGCCGCGGCGCCUCGCACCAGCAAAAGUUCCUCGUCGCCUUCGCCCUCUUUCUCCUGCCAUGGCUGCCGCUCGCCGAAGUCCAGCACCGGACCCAGCAGCAGGCCGUCCACUCUCUUCCGCCGCAGGUCGGAGUCCGCAGCGGCGCCCGGACCGGCAACAGCCAGCCAUUGCCUGACGGCGCGGCCGUCCACAACUGGGCUGCCACGCAAUACGGCGACGGCAAGCAUGACGCCGACAUCGUCGACGAGGCGGCCGCCGAGGCCGCCGGCGAGUCGGCGCCGACACCACGCGACAAGAGGCGGCCGGCCUCCGCCAUCCCCCGGCAGCGACAGCAUGAGCCCAUCAUCGAUCGCUCCAGACUAAACCACCAGCAGCACCGGCCGCCAGUCGGUAGCAACAGCUACAACUACAAUGUCCACAGCGACAGCGACAACAAGAAACCAAACACCAAGAAUAACAAGCGACACAUCAUUGACACCGACGAUGCGAGCGCCCUCGCGACUUUGGCUCCGGCUCAGGCCGUCCGAGCACCACAUCCCCCACGACAUCUUCGGCCCACUAGCAUCCCCGCUACCGGGCUCACCUCGCCGCAGAAUGCGCGGAGUCUGGAGGACUGGGAAGUGGAAGACUUUGUUCUUCUGGCGACCAUCGAUGGGACCCUCUACGCCACCGACCGCAAGACGGGCAAGGAGCGCUGGCAGCUCGAGGUGGACCAGCCCAUGGUUGAGACUCUCCACCACCGCUCCAACAGCUCCGUCCUCGACGACGACUACAGCCCAGUCGACCACUACAUCUGGGCCGUCGAGCCCAGUCGUGACGGCGGCGUCUACGUCUGGGUCCCCAGCGGGCCCGAUGCCCGUCCUCGAGCCACCGGCUUCACCAUGAAGAGCCUGGUCGAGGAGCUGGCUCCCUUUGCCGACGAAAAGUCGGCCGUCGUCUACACCGGCGACAAGAAGACCACCAUGAUUACCCUCGACGCCGCCACUGGUCGCGUCAUCAAGUGGUUUGGGUCUAGUGGUUCCCAGGUUAACGAGGCCGAGAGCUGUCUUCGGCCCAACGCACUCUACGACAAGGACCCGGAGGAGUGCAGCUCUACCGGCACUAUUACCCUCGGCCGGACCGAGUACACUGUUGGUAUUCAGCGACGAGAGGAUGGGCGGCAAGUGGCCACCCUCAAGUACGCCGAGUGGGGUCCCAACAACUUCGACCUGGACCUCCUUCAGCAGUAUCAAGUCUCCCUCGACAGCCGCUACAUCACUAGCCGGCACGACGGCAAGGUCUACGCCUUCGACUACGCCCGAGCCGGGCCUGCGGCACCUUUGUUCAGCCACAAGUUCGAAGUGCCUGUGGCUCGUGUCUUUGACGUUUGUCGUCCGUGGGACGCCGCUUCGGAGAGCAACCCUGAGCUCAUCGUCCUUCCUCAGCCAACCAUGCCAUCGCAGGACGCAAGUAUCGCGCGAGCGCGCAGCAACAGCAUCUUCCUCAACCAGACUGAAACGGGCAGCUGGUACGCCAUGUCUGGCCGAGCGUAUCCGCUCAUUGUCGACGCUCCCAUGGCACCCAUCAACUCUCAGGACUGGUGGGAUGUGGCAUCGAGCUGGGAUACUGUGAGCGGCCCCAAGCUUUCCAAAGCCCUCGCCGGCACGCAUUCACUUGAUAGACACCGCGGCGACAAGUUGGAUGCACCCGCUCCGCAGGGUAUGAUCACGGAUGGUAGGGAAUACCAGGACCAGGACGUCGAUAUUCCCAACACUGUGCCAUCCGGGCUGGAAGAGCCGACCAUUGUCGACAAAGUCAAGGGUCUGCCGCAGAGCGCAGCAGACAGCGUCGUCGAUUUCAUCAAGAAUCCGAUUCUCUUCCUGCUGUUCUUUGCGGCCCUGAUCUACAACGGGAAGAAAUUGCGCGGAUCGUACACUCGCUGGCGCACCGGCGGUAGCUUCAAGGAUGCGAUCCACUACCUGACGUCUGACGCUUCCGCAGAACGAGUGGUCAAAGUGGAAGACGACGAGUCUGAUGCCAAGGUCACCCGUGAGGAGUCUCCUGUCCAUGUCAAAGUCAAUGACAAGGAAGACGGCCAGGAUGUGGCCAAGGCGUCUGGGGUUGAUGUGCCCACGGCCAACAUCGAGAGGCAAGCCGAGACUGUCGACAAGCCUGCCAGCGCAGACGGAGAUGCCAAAGCAGACGAGGAAGCGCAGAAUGGCUCGGGCGACUUGCAAGCUGGCGCAGGACCGGAAAAGAAGAAGAAGGCGCAUCGGGGCCGACGAGGCGGAGUCAAACAUCGCAAGGGCAGGGGUCGUGAAGGAUCGCAGUCGCGAGAGGACGACGCACCGCCCACCACGGUCGAGGAAGCCGUGAACAACGCCAAGCGACUCGGAGACCGGCCGAGCCUCGAGCCCGAUGUCAUGACGGUGGCCAACGACAUGCAGGCAGUGACGGGGCCCAUCAUCCGCAUGGGCAACAUCGAAGUCAACACUGAGCUGCAGCUGGGAACUGGCAGCAACGGCACAUUGGUCUUUGCCGGAAAGUUCGAUGGCCGCGAGGUUGCUGUCAAGCGCAUGCUCAUUCAGUUUUACGACAUUGCCUCUCAGGAGACUAGGUUGCUAAGGGAGAGCGACGAUCAUCCCAACGUCAUUCGGUAUUACUCGCAGCAGAUGCGCGAUGGAUUCCUCUAUAUCGCGCUCGAGCGCUGUGCCGCGUCUCUCGCAGAUGUGGUUGAGCGGCCGCAUCUGUAUCGGGAGCUGGCGAACGCUGGCAGGACCGACCUUCCUGGCGUCCUCUACCAGAUCACGAACGGCAUCAGCCAUCUCCACAGCCUGCGAAUCGUCCAUCGCGACCUGAAGCCACAAAACAUCCUGGUCAACAUGGGCAAAGACGGCAAGCCGCGGAUGCUCGUGUCCGACUUUGGCCUGUGCAAGAAACUCGAGGGUGGCCAGUCGUCCUUUGGCGCGACCACCGGUAGAGCCGCAGGCACAUCUGGCUGGCGCGCACCCGAGCUUCUCUUGGACGAUGAUGCGCGUGAAGCCGGUGUCGAUGCCAGCACGCAUAGUGGCUCGGGAUCAGUGCUUGUCAACGACGGCACCAUGGCCAGCAACCGCCGUGCGACUCGCGCCAUCGACAUCUUUGGACUCGGCCUCGUCUUCUUCUACGUCCUGACCAACGGCUCCCAUCCAUUCGACUGUGGCGACCGGUACAUGCGAGAAGUCAACAUUCGCAAGGGCAACUACAACCUCCGGCCGCUCGACGUUCUAGGCGACUUUGCCUUCGAGGCCGAGGACCUGAUCGCGUCGAUGUUGGAGUCGGACCCCAAGCAGCGGCCCAACGCCCGGGAGAUCAUGUCGCAUCCGUUCUUCUGGUCUCCCAAGAAACGACUUGCCUUCCUGUGCGACGUCUCGGACCAUUUCGAGAAGGAACCUCGGGAUCCUCCUUCGGCGGCGCUUCAGGAGCUCGAACGGCAUGCGGCACAAGUUACGAAGGGUGACUUUUUGCGCGCCCUCCCCCGCGAGUUUGUCGACUCCUUGGGCAAACAGCGCAAGUACACGGGGUCGAGGCUGCUCGACCUGCUGCGUGCUCUGCGCAACAAGCGCAACCAUUACGAGGACAUGCCCGAGGCCCUCAAGCGGACCGUCGGCCCGCUGCCCGAGGGCUACCUGUCGUUCUGGACGCUGCGGUUCCCGAUGCUGCUGCUCGUGUGCUGGAACGUCGUGUACAAUGUCGAGUGGGAGAAGACGGACCGGUUCCGCGAGUACUAUGAGCCGGCGGGCCUGUGA